CAUGUCGCUUGCCGUACAUGAGCUCCAACGAGUGAAAAUAGUUUUGAAAGUGAGGCGAAUGUGAGAGGAGAAGAUGGACAGACUACUGAGUUAAUUUGUCUAAAUGUUUUAUAAGGCAAAUUACGUCUAAGUUCAGUUUUAUUUUGUAAACAAUAAAACCUCAUUUGCGUAGUAAAGAUGGAGCAGGGACUGGAGAUGUCAGCAAUGAUUCCAGCAUUGCAAGAUCUAGCCAGUGCUAGUUCGGUUGAGUACAACCAGGCCGUGCAGAAACCUCGUCAGAUUCUGUGUCAGUUCAUUGACAGAAUUCUGACUGAUGUUGAUGUCGUUGCUCUGGAGUUGUGUAAGAAGACCAGUACUGAACCAGCAUGUGUCAUGCUUCUGGACUUUGUGCAGCACAUCAUUAAAUCCUCUUCACUGAUGUUCUUAAACCCAGCAUGUCUUUCAGAUAACUUCAAAAACACAGAAAACAGCUCUACUGAUUUCAGUAGAUGGAUCAUCAACCGCCUCUUGCGAAUUGCUGCUAGCCCAGAGUGUGAGGAUCUUCACAUGAAGAUCUCCUCAGUCAUUUGUUCUUUGCUACAUCUUUUCAGAGCCAAGGGUCCAGUCAUAUUUGGUCUGUUUUCAACAGAGCUGAUUCAUUUAAUGCAAGAUCUAGUGCAUAAGAAUCUCGUUGUCAGACGAGAAUGGCCAGUGGCGGUGGAAUGCUUCUCCAUCACGUCUACAGAAGCUGUUGUUUACCUGACUCCAACUGUCCUUCAGCUGUCCUCAAGUGCCUCAGCACAGGCAUUGUUAGUAACUUCAUUAACAGUUCUGACAGAUAUUCUGCAAGGUAUCUUCUUCCUGAGAGAAGUGGGCAUCAUUUGGGACACUACUUGUCUGAUCAUGUCCAAUGGGAGCCCAAAGCUCAAAGCAGUGUCCAUGGUGCUUUUAAUUCGCAUUGUGACUCUGGGAGGUUUCCCUGAAGACCAUUCACAGCCAUUUUUCUCUGCUUAUUUACAUCUUCUGGACUCCUUGCCUGCUUGUGAGGUGUCAGAUCUCCGUGUCUAUGCCAAGGAGUUCCAGAGUCUCUCCCAGUGUGUUUUCCAGCCAGAGCAAGGUGCUCAUGUCAAGUUUGAAAGAGUCCACCUAAACAUGCUGAUGGAGAGGCUUGAGAACCUGGUGGUUGGUGGGAUUCUUGAGCAGUUGAAGGUGAUGGAGGUGAAGGCUACACUUUGUGAUGUCUUCUGCUUCAUCCUGGGCUUUGUUCCCCCUGGAUAUGAGUGUGCGGUGCAGAUCCGAAAAAAGAAAGUCACAGCAAUUUGCAAAGCUCUGAUUAAGACCAUUGGAACUCGAGGACAGCAGGAGCAGAGUGUGGAAGGUUACCUGUACAGUGCCUUAAAGACAGAGGCCUUCGCUGCACUACAGGACACACUGUCCAGUGUUUCUGAGCUGGCUGAUCCUAGUAUGUAUAAAGAGGAGGUUCCAGCCAAACGACCAAACCUCUCUCUUCCAACCCAGCUGAGGAGCGGGGACAAAACCCAGCCUAUGCAGGUGGAUAUGAAGAGCAGAAGUGAGGUGUGGGCUGCUGUAGACAGUCGUCUGGAGGACUUGCUAACCCAGCUAAGGGACCACAAAUUGGCCCAGUGUGUGAGCAUCGUACAAGGACUGGCAGUUAUCUUCCACUUGGCUGCACUCUGCUCCAAGCAUUGUCUGAAUGCCACACAGAGUGGCAGUGGAGAGAAGACAUCAGAGACCUCGGAUGCAGUGCAGUUGGUUUGGUUAAAGCCUCGGAUUUUGGCUCAGGUAGUGGAAAGCUGUCGCACUGUGAUGGCCAAUACCUCUAAUGAGGAAGAGCUGGAGCCUCUGAUAGAGGGUACUGUCAGGAUCCUUGAUGCUGUCCUUUACAUUAACGCCAAUAGCCAGGGUGACACAAGUCUAUACAGGAAUCUUUGUGCACUGUUGUCGAUUCCAUGGGUGCUUGAGCAUUCUUCACAAGCUGCUUAUCAGACAGCCUCUUUCCCUGCAAGUCUGAUUGCCCUCUCCCAGAAACUUGCUCGUGGCUACUCUGCACAGACUCGAGCACACUGUGUUUUCCUGCUCUCUCUACUGUCGAAGAGUGUGUGUGGUGACUGGCGGUCGUCUGUGUACCGCUGGGCUCUUCAGAGUAAGACCGAAGCUGAACGGGCCAAUGCUGUUCGGGGCUUCCCCCUGCUGUUGCACCACCUGGGUGUCAAAUCCUACAGCCUCAUCCACGAGGUCCUUCUGAACAGACUUCAGGACAGCUCAACACAAGUAAAGAUAGAGCUGGCUGGCAUUACAGGUCAACUGGCCUGCUGUUUGUCUGAGAGCUCGCAGCUGCAGUUUCCUCAGGAGAUGAUGCCACCCCGUGAGCUGCUCUGUAAUGGUCUCAGCAUUUCAGACUCCCAUCUCAGCCAAACAUCCUUCAUCGGUGCCUCCAUUCUCACCCCAUUUCUGCUGCUGCUCAAAACUGGGGAGGACAUGAAGGUGAAGAAAGCCUUUAUCAGGAACAUACGACACUUGUUCAAGCAUGUGGAUCUGGGUAACAGUGACCCUGAUACAAAAGCUCUGGUCAGUGCACUGGUCAACCUCAUUGAAGACCCAGACCAGGAAGUACGCACAAUGUUCGGCCAAAACAUCAAGAAUCUUCUAGAGUUUUGGAAUGGAAAUGGCUUUUUGAAGGAGCUCCUUGUGUCCAGACUGAAAGAAGCUUAUACAAAUGCGAAGACUUCCAGAAACAAUGAACUCAAAAACACACUGAUAUUUACCACUGGAGAAAUCGGGAGAGCUGCUGAAGGGAACCUGGUGUCUUUUGCUCUGCUUCGCCUCCUGCACUGCCUGCUCUCAAAGUCUACUCAGGUUUCAGUAGCAGCCUACACAGAGAUUCAGGCAUUGGCCACCUGUAGAGACCUAAAACUGCAAUCCUUCUUCAACCAGUACAGGAACCCAAUUUGCCAGUUUUUGGUGGAAUCCUUGCACUCACGACAUGUAACGGCUCUCCGGUGCACGCCAGAUCAGAGCAAUGAGGCUCUGCAGGAGGAGGCGGCUCAUCAGCGAGAACUGGCACUGGACAUCCUUUCUCAUGUGGCACAUGUCUUUGAUUUCCCUGACCUGAACCGUUUCCUCAAUCGGACUUUACAGGUCCUUCUUCCCUUCUUGGCAGCCAAGGCCAGUACCACUGCCUCUGCCCUUAUUCGCACCAUUGCAAAGCAGCUGAAUGUCAACCGCAGGGAAAUGCUCAUCAAUAACUUCAAGUUCAUUUUCUCCCACCUCGUGUGUUCCUGUACCAAGGAGGAGCUGGAGAGAGCCUUUCAUUACCUUAAGAAUGAGACAGAAAUUGAAUUGGGCAGUCUGCUCAGACAAGACUUCCAGGGUCUUCAUAAUGAACUGCUGCUGCGUUUAGGAGAACAUUACCAGCAGGUCUUUAAUGGACUUGCUAUUUUAGCUUCCUUCGCCUCCAGUGAUGACCCCUAUCAGGGACCCAGAGAAAUCACCACCCCUGGGCGCAUGGCUGAUUACCUGCAGCCCAAGCUCCUUGGCAUCCUGGCCUUCUUCAACAUGCAGCUGCUGAGCUCUAGUGCUGGAGAGAAGGAGAAAAAGAAAAUGGCUCUGAACAGUAUAAUGGCACUGAUGAAGCUAAUGGGUCCAAAGCACAUCAGCUUAGUGAGAGUGAAGAUGAUGACCACACUCAGAACUGGCCUGAGAUACAAGGAAGACUUCCCAGAACUCUGCUGCAGGACGUGGGACUGUUUUGUGCGCUGUCUUGAUCCGUCUUAUCUGGGGCCGCUCCUGAGUCAUGUAAUUGUUGCUCUAUUACCUCUCAUCUCCAUCCAGCCUAAAGAGACAGCGGUAAUCAUGCACUACCUCAUAGUAGAGAACAGGGAGGAAGUGCAGGACUUUCUUCAUGAGAUCUACUUCCUGCCUGACCAUCCAGAACUGAAAAACAUCCACAAAGUGCUUCAAGACUACCGUAAGCAAACCUCCAAGAGUACAGACAUGCAAACAGCGUUACAGCUCUCCAUGCGGGCCAUCCAGCAUGAGAAUGUGGAUGUGCGCAUCCAUGCCCUCACCAGCCUGAAGGAGAUGAUAUAUAAGAACCAGGAUGCUCUGUUGAAGCUUGUGUUGGACAGUGAAAUGGUAGAGCCGGUGAUCUCUCAGCUAGUGACAGUGUUGCUCCGGGGGUGCCAGGAUGUCAAUCCUGAGGCUAGGCUUUUAUGUGGGGAAUGCCUGGGGGAGUUGGGAGCCAUUGAUCCCGGCCGUCUCGACUUGUCGCCCGCUGACACACAGGGAGCUGGCUUGACUUUUGUGAGUGGGAUUGAUGAUCCAAACUUUGCCUAUGAGCUACUGACAGAAUUGACCAGAACCUUUUUGGCCUAUGCUGAUGAUGUGAGAGCACAAGAUGCUGCAGCAUAUGCCAUGCAGGAGUUGCUAUCACUAUUUGAAUGUCAAGAGGGCAGGACAGACUCACCAGGUCGGAGACUAUGGAGGAGAUUCCCAGAACAGGUUCAGGAAAUCCUUGAACCCCAUCUCAAUACCAGGUAUAAGAGUUCUCAGAAGGUGGUGAACUGGUCUAAGCUAAAAAAGCCGAUAUAUCUCAGCAGCCGUGGAAGCAAAUUCUCUGACUGGUCUGCAACAUGGGCAGGGUAUCUGAUCAGUAAAGUUAGACAUGAGCUUGCUGGCAAGGUUUUUAACUGCUGUAGUUUUAUCAUAAAGCAUGAUUACAAAGUGACCAUCUACCUCCUGCCCCACAUUCUGGUCUAUGUGCUUAUUGGAUGCACACAAGAGGAGCAGCGAGAGGUGACUGAGGAGAUCAAGGCAGUCCUGAAGGAGGGUGACCCGCGGUUAGCUCGACUGCAGGACAAUGCCUCCAGUCUGAGUCAACUCAGCACACAGACUGUCUUCUCCAUGAUGGAUCAUCUCACUCAGUGGUCCCGCCACAAGCUGCAGAGCCUGAGUACCAACAAGAGGUCAGGCAAACAUGCCAGAGAGCAGCCCCAGCAACAGACCACUGGCCCAGAGAACAGUGAAUAUCAGAGUGUGGUAGCCUUUCUAAACAGCAUUCCUCAGGAUGUACUGGCCAAAGCAUCUUUCCGCUCCAGAGCCUACACACGGGCUGUCAUGCACUUUGAGUCCUUUAUACGUGAGAAGAAGCAGAACAUUCAGGACCAUCUUACGUUCCUACAGACUUUGUAUGCGGCCAUGCAUGAGCCAGAUGGCGUGAGGGGUGUGAAUGCUCUAAGGAAAGAAGAGCCAUCUUUGAGAGAGCAGAUCCUUGAGCAUGAAAGUAUUGGACUGCUGCGUGAAUCUACUGCCUGCUAUGACAGAGCUAUCCAACUGGAGCCAGACCAGCUUGUCCAUUACCAUGGUUUUAUGAACUCUAUGCUGGGUCUUGGUCAACUCUCCUCUGUAAUAACCCAGGUCAAUGGAGUUCUGGCAAGCAGGCCUCGAUGGAAGUCAGAUUUGAAUGCUUACCGGGUCGAGGCAGCGUGGAAGCUUUCAAAAUGGGACUUAGUUGAGGACUAUCUUGCCUCUGAUUGUAAGUCCAGCACUUGGGGUGUCAGACUUGGCCAAAUGCUGCUGGCGGCCAAGAAGCAAGAUUCCGAAGGAUUAUAUGAAAAGCUUAAAAUAGCCAGGAAAGAGCAGGUGGUCCCUUUAUCAGCUGCCAGUUUUGAGUGUGGCACCUAUCAGAGAGGAUAUGAGUACCUAGUCAGGCUGCACAUGCUGUGUGAGUUGGAGCAUGCCUUCACUGAGCUGCAGAAAGAUAGCACGGAAGCUGGAGGAUCCAAGAAGCCAGAGCCCAAACUCAAAUGGGACGCCCGCCUACUCAUGACCCAGAACUCAUUCAGAGCCAAGGAGCCAGUCCUAGCUCUGCGAAGAGCUCUGCUAAGCCUUAGCAAGGGGUCUUCAUGUGAGGAGCAUGUUGGGGAGUGCUGGCUGCAGAGUGCUCGUGUGGCCAGGAGAGCUGGCCACCACCAGACAGCCUUCAACGCCCUGCUCAAUGCCGAGAACUCCCACCUGUCUGAACUCUUCAUCGAGAAAGCCAAGUGGCUCUGGUCUAAGGGUGACGUACAUCAGGCUCUGAUAGUCCUGCAGAAAGGUGUACAACAAUGUUUUCCUGAUGAUCAGCCACUCACAGACCCCAAGAGGAUCCAGAUAAAAGGGAAUGCCAUGCUGCUGGUGGGCAGAUACAUGGAGGAGACAGCCAAUUUUGAGAGCAAUGCUAUUAUGAAAACUUAUAAGGAUGUCACCUGUUUGUUACCAGAAUGGGAGGAUGGUAACUUCUACUUGGCCAAGUACUACGACAAGGUGAUGCCAAUGGUCACUGACAACAAACUGGAGAGACAGGGCAACCUCAUUCGUUAUAUUGUCACAUAUUUUGGAAAAGCCUUGCAGUUCGGUAAUCAGUACAUCUAUCAGGCCAUGCCCAGAAUGCUCACCUUAUGGCUGGACUUUGGAGCCAAAGUUUAUGAGUUCGAAAAAGCGGGCCGCUCGGACCGAGCCCAGAUGCGUGCAGAACUUGCCAAAAUCAAUUCUGUGAUUAGCGAACACACCAGCAACCUCUCGCCCUAUCAGUUCCUCACAGCCUUUUCACAGCUGAUCUCACGGAUCUGCCACUCCAACAAUGAGGUCUUUGCUGUUCUGUUGGAAAUAGUGGCCAAAGUUUUCUUAGCUUACCCUCAACAAGCUAUGUGGAUGAUGACUGCAGUAUCAAAGUCCUCCUAUCCUACUCGGAUGAACAGAUGUAAGGAGAUCCUGAAGAAGGCUGUCAGUUUGAAGGAUUCAUUUGGGAAAUUUAUUGGUGAUGCCAACAGAUUAACUGACAAGCUAGUGGAGCUUGGUAAUAAACCGGUGGAUGGCAACAGCAGCACUCUCAGCAUGAGUGUACACUUCAAAAUGUUGAAGAAGCUGGUGGAAGAGCCCACCUUCAGUCAGAUCCUCAUCCCACUGCAGUCUGUCCUUAUACCCACCCUGCCCUCCACUGGAGGAGCCAACCCCAAACAUGAUGCUUUUCCAGGCCACUGGGUCUACCUGGCAGGCUUCGAUGACACAGUGGAGAUCUUGGCAUCUUUGCAGAAACCAAAAAAGAUCUCACUCAAGGGCUCAGAUGGAAAGUUCUACACCAUGAUGUGCAAACCCAAAGAUGACUUGAGGAAAGACUGCAGGCUGAUGGAGUUCAACUGUCUCAUUAAUAAGUCUUUGAGAAAAGAUGCAGAGUCUAGACGAAGGGAUUUGCACAUUCGGACAUAUGCAGUCAUACCUUUGAAUGAAGAGUGUGGCAUAAUAGAGUGGGUUAAAAACACAGCAGGCUUACGUCACAUCCUUACAAAGCUCUAUAAAGAGAAAGGGAUCUAUGUCAGUGGGACAGAGUUGCGGAAGCUGAUUUUGCCCAAAACAGCCUCUUUUCAGGAGAAGCUGAAGUUGCACAAAGAUAUGCUGUGUGCCAGACACCCACCAGUUUUUCAUGAGUGGUUCCUACGGACAUUUCCUGACCCCACAUCUUGGUACAACAGCAGGUCUGCUUACUGUCGCUCUACUGCCGUCAUGUCUAUGGUGGGCUACAUUCUUGGACUGGGUGAUCGCCAUGGAGAGAACAUUUUGUUUGAUUCCCUAACUGGCGAGUGUGUCCAUGUAGAUUUCAACUGUCUCUUCAACAAGGGUGAGACGUUUGAUGUUCCUGAGGUAGUUCCCUUUCGGCUCACUCAGAACAUGGUUGAUGCGAUGGGACCCAUGGGCACAGAGGGUCUGUUCAGACAGGCCUGUGAAGUCACGCUCAGACUCAUGAGGGACCAGAGGGAGCCGCUUAUGAGUGUUUUAAAAACAUUCCUACAUGAUCCUUUGGUCGAGUGGAGUAAACCUGUGAAGGGUACCUCCAAGAAUCAAGUUAAUGAAUCUGGAGAGAUCCUCAAUGAGAAGGCUAAGACCCAUGUUUUGGACAUAGAGCAGCGACUUCAGGGCGUGAUCAAGAACAGGAAUAAAGUGAUGGGUUUGCCUCUGUCCAUUGAGGGGCACGUACACUACCUCAUUCAAGAAGCCACAGAUGAUAACCUCUUGUGCCUGAUGUACCUUGGAUGGGGUCCUUAUCUGUGAUGAACAUGUUUGCACUUAAAAGAUUUAGACCUAAACUUGAACAUAAGCUUUCUGUUUAGUUUUGUACUUUUCCUCACAUGUAGGAGGCUUUGUUUAGGUGAGAUUCUGUUAUGUUUAUGUCAGUGUUAAAUUCCUUGUUCCUUAAAUGAUUACAUUUCAUGUUUUCAUAUUUAAGAGGUAAAUAUUCUUAUGAUACAUGUUGUUUUGAUGCUGUUCCCAGGAAAAAGAAAAUCUCAGAACUAGAAAUGGCUUAUGUCACAGUAAAAAAAUAAACAUUCCUUACCACUAAGUCUUGCAUCCACUAUUGUGUAUCUUUAAAGUGGUGAUGUUAUUUAAAAUGUGCUCUGGUCUUGUCAUUGUACAAUUAUGUUGGUCUUAUUCUGAUUAAUGUUUUCUGCAAUUUUCCCUUACUGUAUGUGUGAGCUUGAGUCUUUGAAUAUUUCACACAGACAUUUCACGAAAGCCCUUAAAGGAAUAUUCCGGGUUCAAUACAAGUUAAACUCAAUUGGCAGCAUUUAUGGCAUAAUAUUGAUUACCACAAAAAUUUAUUUUGACUCAUCCCUCCUAUUCUAAAAAAAAAAAAAAAAAAAAAAAAAAAACCCAUAGUAAGAAAAAAAAAAAAGGUUAUAUUGAGGCACUUACAGCGGAAGCUAAUGGGUAAGAAUUCAUGUAAGCGCUUUUAUAGUUUUACAAGACUCACGUUUCUGCCUUUAGACCCAUCAUAAAUUGGCCCCAUUCUCUUACAU